UUGAUAACUUUGCCACAGAUGCAACUUGGGGCUUGUAGUUAUGUCUUCGGCUUCCGGAGUUUCUCGUCCGACCGUAACAUGGACUAACUACAUGUCCCAGUAACCACAGCAGCGCUUCAGCCUCCUGUCAAACACGAAUCGAAAGCGCAGAUCAGCUAGUUUUGUUUCUAACUCUGGGAAGUGGGGUUUAGUAUUAGGGGUGUUGCAGACUGUGUGCCAGCGCUGUUGGCUGCUGUUCGUUUCAUUGUCAAGAGUUUGUUUGCGGUUGCGCGACUUUCGGUCACUCUUAAACUGGGAUGGAUGAAACUUUCAGUAACUAGACGCGCUUCUCCGAAAAUGAAAGCGAGUGUUGGGAUGCUCGGCUAAUUUUCCUCAGCCGUCCGUCCGUGUGGCUCUGUCUCCCUGUUCGACCUUGUGAGCCUCUGGGCCAGAAUGUAGUUUUAACAAACCCCCGCCCCUGUCAUCUUAAAACCGUGUAAAGGUUGUUGGCGAAGCCAGCCGAGCAUGGAAGCUCACGAAGGAAACAUGCAGGCAAACGACGACAAAGGGCUGGAGAAACUUAUGGAUGAGUACCUCAGGACGUGCGGGUUCUUCAGAAGAAAGAUAGCCAAGGAUGGCUCUUGUUUGUUCAGAGCAGUUGCCGAGCAGGUGCUGCACUGCCAGGGCCUGCACAUGAAGGUCCGGGCCGAGUGCGUGAAAUACCUCCGGCAGGAGAGGAACUUGUAUGAGUCGUUCGUUGAAGGGGACUUUGAGGAAUACUUGCAAAGGCUUCAAGACCCUCAGAGCUGGGUUGGACAGGUGGAGAUAACCGCUUUAUCUGUCCUUUAUAAUCGUGAUUUCAUCAUCUACCAGCAGCCUGGGGAGCCCCCAGUGAACAUCACGGAGAAUGGCUACCCUGAUAAGGUGCGACUCUGCUUCCUUAAUGGGAACCAUUAUGACAGUGUUUACCCACUAUCUUACACCACAAAUGCUGCUUUUUGCCAAUCCAUCCUUUAUGAGCUCCUGUACGAAAAGGUCUUUCACGUGGACCAGAGUGUGUUGGCGGCGAACAUGAGGAGUUCAAAAGUGAGAGAUGCUGCCGAGGUUGAGGAGAGCAGGAGCAGCGACGAGUCUGACCUGGAUGAUGGAGACAACUUCUGGUCCAGUGAAGUUACUGGCAGGAUAAACAAUGUGAACAGAAGAGCACCUUAUAAGGGUCGUGGGAGGGGCCAUGCCCGAGGAGGAGGGCGUGGCUAUUUGCCUACUAAGGUCCAGCACUCCUUGAACCCCACCUAUUUCAGGAAUGUGGAGUAUGAUGUGUGGUUGCGGUCAAAAAAAGCUCAGCAGAGGAGGGACUUCUGCAUGGCAGCAGGCAUGCACUACACAGCAGGAGACAAGUGCCAGGCGCGCGUGAGGAAUGACAGUCGUUACUACAGUGCCUACAUUCAGGAUGUCAGCCCUGAUGAUGGACCUGUUACGGUCUUCAUUGAGGAGCUCGGAGAGAAACACAUCAUUCCCCUUUGGAAUCUACGUACUCCUUCAGAAGAGUCCUGGUGUACGGUGACUGAUAAGGCCAAGAGACACACUGUAUCCAAUGGCAACGCACCCACAAAUGAGUGGGAAACGAAAGGCGGGAGGAAGCCAGUUCGUUCCGUGUCGAUUCCACACACUCCCCUGGCGACUGCAGGCUCCGCCCCUGGCAACCGCGUGCAGAAGCAGAAUUCUUGGCCCCCACAAGCCACUGCAGAAGCCCGUCCACUUGGAAGGAACGCCAGUGGCAGGAAGGUGGAUCAGGGCAUCGCUGUGUUGUCACACAUGGAGGAGGAGCACGCCCUGCUGGACCUUCUGCAAAAAGAUGAGAACAAUUUCCCAACCCUGGAAGCUAGUGCACAGGCUGCUUGCAGUGAGGGAGGUAAAAGGGUUGAGAAGAAAGGCUCACGGAAGAAGGCCGACGCAGAAAUGAAAGAAGCAUCUCCGAGGUCUUCUCAGAAAGCAGACAGGGGAAACCAUGGCAAGAAGAGCUGUGUGGAACAAGAUCAGAGGAUCUGCCCGCCCCUCGGUGACAAACCCAGCCCUUCACCCCCCUCCGCUGCCUCGCCUGCACCUUCUACCCCCAAGGCCAAUAAACCCACCCCUGCCAUCCCUGCAGCUGCCGCUGCCCGGUCUCGAUCCACCCCCGUUCCGUCUACAGCGGCCCCCGCAUCUAUUCAAACGACCCCCACGCAGGCUCAGACUUCCCCUCUUGUGGCUAAAACAACAACAACAACCCCUGUCCGGUCACAAAUUGCCCCUGCUACCCCUGUCACAUCUGCACCUACUACUGUUUCUCUAAACACCUCCACCCGGAGGGUGAACCCCGUGUCCACACCUCCAGCCUCCGUUACCCCUAACUCCUCUGAAACAGCAUCUCUGCCUUCAGCUCCAUCCGCCCCUGCUGUAAGGCCCACCGCUCCAGAAACUGCCCCUGUGUCUGACCUCUCUCCAUCCCUAUCUGCCCCAGUCACCACCACCACCACUUCAGUUUCUACUGCAGCAGUUCCUCACCCAGUCUCUGCACCUGCCCCUCCAACCGCUCCCGUACCGGCCCAUGUGACGGCUCAGGGUCCUGAAACUAACCUUGUUGGCUCUCAGGGUGCCCCAGGACCUGGCCCCGUCAUGGUACCUCCCACUGACCCCCCUCACGAGCCCCUUGCCGUACCUGUCUUUGAAGUGCCUGCCGGAAUGCCCACGCAUGCCCCUGACCUCCCUACUGCCUCCGGUACCCCUCCCACUACUGUUUCAGCCCCCACCCUCUCCCCUCACACAACCCCGCCUACCGUACCCUCUCACUCCAUUACCUCUACUGACCCAGCUAACCUCCCAUCUGCCCCAGCUGUUGCCCCCUUCCAUCCUGUGGGGCUCGGGGCUUUCCCUGGCAUGCAGCCUCCGUUCCCUCCCUACCCGCCACCGGUGCACCCUCCCACGUCGGGCGCCAUGCCAACCCCGCCUCCCGCCAUGUCGUCUGGGCAGACUCCACCUUUCUCCCACCCACCGGAGCCACGCCUGUACGAGGCCGCCGCCCCCUCCCUGGUCACAGGCGUGGGACCCGUGGCAGUGCCGGAGUUCCAGGCGCACUCGGCGGCCUCGCCCCUCCGGCACGCCUUCUCCCUUCUCAGCCAGGACCCCCUCUAUCCCGGCUUCCCCCAGAGCGACAAAGACGACGCCGUCCUCCCGCCCCCUUUCUCCCUCCAUCGAACUGGAAAAGACCUGCCGAAAGAUAUGAAUGUCCUCCGGUGGUUCUUUAACCUUGGGGUCAAGGCGUACACAAACCAGUUGUGGCCUCCAGUCACCUAUCUGACACCACUGACUCAAGCCUACCACAUGCAGCCCAACGCCCUGCCUUCAUGGCAUCCAGACCAGAACCCAGCCUCCCUGACACACGUGAGCCCCGCCCCUAACCACAACCUCAUGGGGCCGCCAGUCGGAGCAGGCGGUGGCCCUGUUAAUCAUUUUGAGGUAAGGGGCAUGACCCCGGGCCCUCCUCCAGUGGAAGUUGGUGGUUACAGUAGACACCCCCAUUCAGUGCCCAUGCCGAUGACCCCUCGGCCAGCUGUGCCUUGGUCCGCUGCCCAUCCUCCACAUGUCUUUCAGGGGGUGUACUCUCUUCCUCCUCCUGGUUCGGUCCCGUACUCUGAGGCUUAUGCCCCUACCUCUGUAGGGCACCAGAGACUCCCCAUUCCGCCCCCCCUGCAUCGCAGGAUUGAUAUCGCUGUGGCAACAGGUCCCUUGGUGACGGAGAGAGGUGAAGGGGACGGCCAGAGGUCGAUGACUCCGCAGACGGAGAAGCACACUUGGUCAGGCAGAAGCCAUCUGCAUCCAGGGGGUGGAGACGUCAAGCCUGCCGCCGUCCCUGUCGCCCUGCCUCCCGCGGAGCUGCAGCACGAUGCCGGAGCCUGUGCCAUUGCUCAGGCAGUCCUUAUCGGUGGAGCGACAGGCGAAGCUGCAGAGCUGACCAAAUUGGCCAACGGAAACGCAAAGGAGGACGAAGUCACUAAAAGCUUUCAGGGUGGAGCCUCCGGAGAGAUGGUCUCCACCCUCACCCUGCCUUGCUCUGCCACGGACAACUGGGAGGCGGAGGAGGCCGAGUAUGGUGACCCAGAUCUGAGGAGCGGGCGGCUGUAUUACAGUCAGUCUUACAAGUCGGGAGGGAGGCGUGGCCAUGAAGACAGAGGUGGGUUCAGAGGCGGGGGCUUCCGUGGCCGGAGCAGACAGCACAAUCAGUCCGUUUACCACAGAGCUUAUCGGGGGCGGUGGAGGGGGCGGGGCUACGUUCAGUACUCUAACACCAGGGAGGCGGGUUACAGAGGUGGGCAGUUCGCACCGUCACCUGAAACCUGAUGUGCAGUUUGUUGUUUGACAUGUUUUUAAUUCUCUUGGUGGUUUGUUUGUUUUAAGAUGGUUUUUGUUGCUGUUCUUCCUUUUUUUUUCAUCCUUUUAACUUUUUCCUCUGCUGUGUACUGAGAAACUUUAAUCCAUUCAUCCUGUAUGUUUGCAUGUGUAAUAAAUGUAAUAAAAGUUUGAACUUUUGAA